GUCUCUGGUGACUGACCGUUUAUAUGAAGGAUGAGACUGCUACAUUCUGCAAUCACCUGUGUCUCAAUGGAAGAAAUGAAGAUGAAUGCUGGCUCGAUGCAGAGGCCUAUAAAGACUGAAUGGAAUUCCCGGUGUGUCAUUUUCACCUAUUUCCAAGGGGACAUCAGCAGCGUCGUGGAUGAACACUUCUCCAGAGCUCUGAGCAAUAUCAAGAACCCCCAGGAACUGAGUCCUUUGAGCCAGAGUGAAGAUGUGGUCCUGAGGAAUGGUGAGCAUGUUGCAGAUAUUGACAUGCCUCCAAAUCAGUGGCGUUUCUCUUCUCAGUGGACAAAGCCAGAGCCAGAAGUGUCCUUUGCAGAUGGUGCCGCCAGCUGCAGCAUGAACGGGUUUGAUCCCAUGGCUAUGGAUGAGUACUCACUGCCCCUGCCUGGGAGCUCCUCUGUUCAGCCAGGAGAGCUGUGGCAUUUCUCCUCCCCAGCCAGCCCCAGCUCCCCAGAGCCUGAUUUUGACUACCCUCAUGCCUUCUCUGCUGAGCAACUGUUUGCAGAGGACCAGCCUGAUGAGAAACAUGGGCCCCUCCUAAGUGUCCUCCAGCAAGACAGAUGUGUAGCCCAUCGUCAGCAACUGGACAUGUGGGAGAAUUGCGACUCUGCCCAGAUAGCUGGAAGCAUGGGAUUUCCCUUCAACCUGCCUUCCAGCCCAGGCCACUGCAAGAAACGAUAUUUCCCCCCAGAUCGUGGACCUGCUAGUACCAGCCUUGCAAGUGAAAGAACCCAGUCUUCAGAGAAAAAAGAUCUAUUCUUUUACUGAACUUUGUUUUGAAGAAGAUGAUUUUCUACUGUGAAUCCAGAUGGUCUAGCAACACCAGCGUCCUUUUCUCUUUUUGCCACUAGAGAGCACUGAGUUGGGAGCAAGUUUCUGUUUUCCCUAAAAUUGUAUACUUCUCUUCCUUGAUUUCUAUGCCCUAUGGCAGGGGUUUCAAUCUUGUUAAGUGAACCCCCAGCGUAUAAAAAGAAUUGUUCAGGGAUUGAGAGCAUAGAGGCCCACCUGCUUGCUUAUCCCACCCUGCCACCCACCCACAGCUCCCCUACUUAGAAAUCAUAGUCCCCUUAUCCUCCACCAGCAGGGUCCUUCAAACCAGAACUGACUGUGGAGUAUCCUAUGGGCUUGUCCCACUUUCCAACUGAAUAGAAAUACCAGGACCAGCUGAAAAGCUUUCCAGCCUCCACCAGACUGAUGCCAACUUCACUCCUGCCUCUACCAAAAUCAGUGAAAAUGGGGUGGGCAAUACCCAUUGAGAAGGGGUUGAGGCUGGGCUUUUGCUGCAUCCUUAAAUUCUGGACAGAAGCCGAAAAGAUCUCAGGCUGGCCCUGAUGAAUGAAAUACUUUUGCUUGGCAAAUGUGAUUCCUUAAUUCUGAAAAAAUGAUUCCAACCAGAAUUGCUGAGAAAUCUGAGAACUAACUUAUUAGAAGUUAGUUAGUAAGCAAACUGCCUCAUUCCAAACUGGGCAUAGAAUAAGUUCUGUAUCCAGAGCAUUGCUUAGCUUUAGUUCCAUGAGUUACUGUCUGCCCUCACUCUGAGGGUGGGGAUGCUGGCAUCUGACACCCCACACGUGUUCAUCUGGAUCUUGGCGGCACCUUGCAGCCUUCCACAGGGGCCCACCUGGCUUCCAUAAACAUCGUAACCUUUCACUUAGUUCUUUCACUGUUAGUGACAUCUGGGAAAUAUUAACUUUCUUUUCAGCACAGAACCGUUGGGGCCACCCAUGUGGAUCGCCCACAGCAUCUUAGAUGAUUUAGAGAUGAAAGGCAAGGCUUGGUCCAAGACAUGGCACUGGGACCUCUUUGCGGAUUGCUCCAGAUAAAAUGACAAGUUUCUCCAAACUCAUUUACCUCUCCAAUCUAGUAGACAGCCUUGUGGCCACUGUGAGCUUGGUACCUACCUUGUGACAACCCCAGAAACCCCUGCUGUCAAUGUUCCCCAUUCACAUCCCACUUGCUCCUGUA